AUGGCUGAAUCCUGUCAUAAUAGAUCUUAUUAUGAAACAGCCAUACGUAACGAAGAAUUUGGCCCUUGUAAUAAAUGUAGAAAGCCAAAAACUGACGAUGAUUGGUGUCAAAGUUGUUGUUCGGAUCGAUUUGAACUAGAUAGUAAGUUUAAUAAUAAGUGGACAAGUGGGAAUGAUAGUAUAGAUGGAUUUGUUAGACGAGCUCAAUCAAAAGCGCGAAAUCAUUGGGAAGUUAUAGAAUGGAUUCCAUAUAAGAGAUUAAUAAAUGUAAAAUAUCUCACAAAAGGUGGUUUUAGUACUAUUAACAAGGCUAUUUGGUUAGAUGGAUAUAUAAUUUGUUGGAAUGAUAUCAAAAAUGUUUGGAAUAGAAAUCGUUAUAAACUUGAAGAAGAAGAUUAUUUAGAUUAUAGAACUCUAAAGGAAGAUGAAAAGUUCGGAUUUCAUGUUGUUCUUAAGAGCUUAAAUAAUAUUAACGAGGAUUUUUUAAAUGAGUGGGAAAAUUAUUUAGAAUUUUUAUAUUCAGCUAUAAAUAACUAUGCAAAUUUUGUGAGAGUAUUUGGGAUAACUCAAGAUCCAAAAACAAAAGUUUAUAUGGUCGUAUUAGAAGAAAUGAAGAGAGGGAGUUUAAGAGAUAAUUUAUUAAUAAAAAAAUAUAAUCCAAAUGAUAAAUAUCAUAAUUUAUACGAAAUAGCAUGUUCACUUUCAGCUUUAUCCAAGACUAGUAUGACUCAUGGAGAUUUACAUAACGGAAACUUGCUCUUAAAAGAUGAAUUCCAUAUAUAUAUAAGUGAUUUUGGACAGAGUAGACAAUUUAAUCAAUCAAUUAAUUCCAAGGAUAUUUAUGGAGUAAUUCCUUAUAUGGCACCAGAAGUAUUACGUGGAAAACCAUAUACUAAAGCUUCAGAUAUUUAUAGCUUCGGUGUUAUUAUGUGGGAGUUUACAUCAGGAGUUCCAGCAUUUCACGAUAUUCCUCAUGAUUUUAAUCUUUCUUUACAAAUAUGUAAAGGACAUAGACCAGAAAUUAUAGAAGGCACAGAACCUGAUUAUGUAGAAUUAAUGAAAAGAUGUUGGGAUAAUGAUCCUAAUAAAAGACCAACUGCGAAAGAAUUAUCAGAAAUAUUUGAUGUAUGGUCGGCAAAAUAUCUUAUGGAAAUGGAUUAUGAUAAGAGAAAAUCAGUACCGGUACCUACUAUUAUAGAGAAUCAUCCAUUAUCCUGUUAUAUAAGCAGAAAAAUCGAUCAUUAUGCAAAAUUAAAUGAAAUUUUAGAUCAAGGAGAAUUAAGUUCAAUAAUUGUGAUUGAUGAAGGAAAAGAUGAUGAAGGAAAAUAUAAUAUUGAAUCUGAAUUAGAAGAAUUAAAGAUUUAA